GUACCGGUCGCACGCACGAGAAGGAACGCCAGACGCAGGGCAUGAGCACAUAGUGUGGCCGCUGGAACGACACCGGCCCCCCACCAUUUGGACUUUGCCCCUGAGCAAUAAGAAGAAGAAGAAGAAGAAGAAGAAGAAGAAGAAGGCCGCGAAGUCGAACGCCGCGACACGGAGAGAGGGAGUGUGUGAGUGAGUGACAGCGCCCACCCGGAAUUGUUCUUUCACUUCACCUCGCGAUUCCCCCAUCUCUCCUCCUCAAUCUUCAAUCUCCGUCAUUCUCCGCCUUAUGGCCUGAAAUUUCAGCCACCACUCAUAGUUCCAACAAUGGACGUUCUCCCCCUUCCCCUCCGUUCAACCUUCCACACCAACAUUCGUUUCUCUUCCUUACUUCGCAAGCCCCACUUCUCUCCUCGUAGCUCCCCUCAUCUCCGUCUCCGACCGCCCCGUUUCGCAACCCGGCACAAUCAUCAUCAUCACCACGACCACGACCACCACUACGAGCAUCAGCAUCAGGGCGGUGGCCGAAAGUUGAGUCAGUCUCAGGAGGCGGUUCUGGCGUUUGCCGAUACGAUCGGUUGGUCUUACCUCGCAAAUUACCUCCGGGAGCAUUUGCAACUGUGCUGCUCCUCGGCAGCUUUGCUUUUGGCUGCUGCUGCUUGCCCGUAUCUGAUCCCAAAGCCAGCUGCGAAGUCUUUUCAGAACGUCUUGAUUCUCAUUGCUUUCCCACUUGUCGGGAUCUCAGCCUCACUUGAUGCUAUUGUUGAUAUCUCUGCUGGCAAAGUGAACAUACAUGUACUCAUGGCUCUUGCUGCAUUUGCAUCGGUGUUUAUGGGGAACUCUUUGGAAGGAGGCUUACUUCUUGCAAUGUUUAAUCUGGCUCAUAUAGCUGAAGACUAUUUUACCAGCCGGUCAAUGGUUGAUGUUAAAGAGUUGAAGGAAAAUUAUCCAGAUUUUGCGAUUGUGCUGGAUGUGGAAAAUGAUAAGCCUCCCCAGCUUUCUGAUAUGACAUCCAGAAGAGUCCCUGUGCAUGAUUUAGAAGUUGGCUCAUUGAUUUUGAUCCGAGCUGGUGAGUUUGUGCCUGUAGAUUGUGAAGUUGUGCAAGGUAGAUCGACAAUUACAAUUGAGCACCUGACAGGAGAGGUCAAGCCAGUAGAAAGGAAAGCUGGUGACAAGAUUCCUGGUGGUGCAAGGAGUGAGGAUGGUAUGAUGAUAGUGAAGGCAACGAAAAGAUGGAAAGAUUCCACGCUAAACAAGAUUGUGCAAUUGACUGAGGAAGCACGACUAUGUAAACCAAAGCUUCAAAGAUGGCUGGAUGAAUUUGGCGAACAUUACAGCAAGGUGGUUGUCAUUCUGUCAGUUGCUGUGGCCCUCAUUGGGCCAUUUCUCUUCAAGUGGCCACUCAUUGGCACAGCAGUUUGCAGAGGAUCAGUUUACAGAGCAUUGGGGCUCAUGGUGGCAGCAUCACCAUGUGCAUUGGCUGUAGCUCCAUUAGCCUAUGCUACGGCAAUUAGUGCAUGUGCAAGAAAGGGUAUACUGCUGAAGGGCGGGCAUGUUCUAGAUGCUCUAGCUUCUUGCCACUCUAUUGCUUUUGAUAAAACUGGAACACUGACUACGGGGAUGCUUAAGAUAAAAGCAAUUGAACCAAUCGUUGGGCAUGAGGUCUCAGAUGAAAAUUCAGAAUUUGUCUCAUGCUGUGUACCCAGUUGUGAAAGGGAAGCUCUUGCUGUAGCUGCUGCCAUGGAGCAGGGUACCACUCACCCUAUUGGAAGAGCUAUUGUAGAACAUAGUGUUGGUAAAGAUCUUCCUUCUCUUUCUGUCGAAAAUUUUGAAAGCUUCCCUGGUAGAGGUCUUUCUGCUACACUAACUAGCAUUGAGCCAGGAAUUGGGACUGGUGAAUUCAUGAAAGCAUCGCUUGGUUCUAUAGAGUACAUUACUUCACUUUGUAAAUCUGAAGAUGAAUCAAAAUAUAUUAAAGAAGGUGUAAGGACGUCAUCUUAUGGAAGUGAUUUUGUUCAUGCUGCUCUUUCUAUAAAUAAAAAGGUGACACUGCUUCACUUUGAGGAUGAGCCUCGACCAGGGGUUUUAGAUGUCAUAAUGGCUUUACAAGAUCAAGCAAAGCUCCGUGUGAUGAUGUUAACUGGUGACCAUGAUUCUAGUGCAUGGAGGGUUGCAAAUCUUGUGGGCAUCAAUGAAGUUUAUUGCAGCUUUAAGCCUGAGGAUAAACUAAAUCAAGUGAAGAGUAUCUCGAGGAAUGCUGGAGGGGGUCUGAUUAUGGUGGGUGAUGGAAUCAACGAUGCACCUGCCCUUGCUGCCGCUACUGUGGGUAUUGUGCUCGCCCAACAUGCAAGUGCGACUGCGACAGCAGCUGCAGACGUGCUGUUGCUUCAGGACAAUAUAUCAGGUGUUCCAUUUUGCAUAGCGAAAGCGCGCCAAACAACUUCCUUGUCUAUUUACUUGCAGGUCAAGCAAAGCGUGGCCCUUGCUCUCUCUUGCAUCGUAUUUGCUGCUCUUCCAUCUGUUCUGGGGUUUCUCCCACUAUGGCUAACAGUGCUUUUACACGAGGGAGGCACUCUUCUUGUUUGUCUCAACUCAGUACGGGCACUCAAUGACCCAACAUGGUCAUGGAGGCAGGACAUCCACCUCAUCCUCCACAAAAUUAAAUCUAUUCUUACUAUUAUAAGGAGCAGAGCUACCACCACCACCUCCUCAACCACCGUCCAAACUGCACCAUUGUAACGCCUGCUCCCCCCUUUAUUUUUAUUUUUUUUUCUUUUGUUGUAGAUCUAUCUUCUUUUUUUCGAGGAAGCUAUACUGGUUCGAAGAAUUUGUGUAAAUAUUUUAGUAGUAAUUAAUAAUGUGAAGUCAAAUAUCUCAAAUAAAUCCCAGGCUAUAAAUUUUUCUUACA